CCACGUGGUUACUACUUUGUUAUCAACCAUCCAUUGUUUUGGUCUUUCUGAAUGAUGGUACCAUUUGGUUUAGAACCAAUUUUGCAUUAAAUUGGUUCAACAGAGAAUCUUGUCAUCUUACUAAUCUAAAGUAACAACGUAAAUCAAUCAAAAUGGUUAAAGAACUGUACAGGGAAACGGCCGUCGCCAGGAAAAUAUCCCACGUUAGCUUUGGUCUGGACGGUCCUCAUGAAAUGCAAAAACAAGCUCAUAUGCAUGUUGUCGCUAAAAAUUUGUAUUCGCAAGACAGCAAUAGAACUCCAGUACCACAUGGAGUCCUGGAUAGAAGAAUGGGAACAAAUCAGAAAGAUGCAAAUUGUUCUACUUGUGGAAAAGGACUUAGUGACUGCAUUGGUCAUUAUGGAUUUAUCGAUCUCCAGUUACCAGUGUUCCAUAUUGGCUAUUUCCGAUGUGUUAUUAACAUUUUACAGACAAUAUGCAAGAACCCAUUGUGCGCUAGAGUUCUUUUGCCCGAUAAAGAACGCCAAGCAUAUUAUUCCAGGAUAAGGAACCCAAAUCUGUCAUAUUUGGUCAGGAAAUCUCUCAGGAAGCAGAUUCAGGCUCGGUGUAAAAAGUUCAGUGUCUGCCCUCAUUGUAGCAACAUCAACGGCGUCGUGAAAAAAUCCGGCCUGUUGAAAAUCACUCAUGAAAAAUACCGAAACAAAAAACCAAAUGAAAUGAUGCUGUUAGAGCUAGCCGAAAUUGCUAAAGACACAGAAUAUAGCAAAGAACUAACAAACAUUUAUCAAAGUGGUUAUACAUUGAAUCCUCAAGAAGUCCUUCAGCUUCUUGAAGCAAUCCCUACACAGGAUAUUCCACUACUUCUCAUGAACCAAAAUUUAUCUAAACCAGCUGAUCUCAUCUUAACUAGAAUACCUGUUCCUCCUCUUUGCAUUCGCCCUUCUGUCAUUUCUGAUAUCAAAUCAGGAACAAAUGAGGAUGACUUGACGAUGAAAUUAUCAGAAAUAGUAUUCAUUAACGAUGUGAUUAUGAAACACAAAUUAUCAGGUGCGAAGGCGCAAAUGAUAGCGGAAGAUUGGGAGUUUUUGCAGUUGCAUUGUGCAUUGUACAUAAACAGUGAAACCUCCGGGAUUCCAAUAAAUAUGCAACCUAAAAAAGCAACUAGAGGUAUAGUGCAAAGGUUGAAAGGAAAACAAGGAAGAUUCAGAGGCAAUCUGUCUGGAAAGAGAGUAGAUUUUUCAGCUCGUACUGUAAUUUCUCCAGACCCGAAUCUUCGGAUUGAAGAGGUUGGCGUUCCUGUUCAUGUUGCGAAAAUUCUUACUUUCCCGGAAAGAGUUCAGCCUGCUAACAAGGCCCUUCUCCGUAAACUCGUUUGUAAUGGUCCUGAUGUUCAUCCUGGUGCUAAUUUUGUCCAGCAGCAAGGGCAGACUUUCAAAAAGUUCCUUAAAUACGGCAAUAGGGGGAAAAUUGCACAGGAACUGAAAGAAGGUGAUAUCGUCGAGAGGCAUUUAAAAGACGGAGAUAUCGUAUUAUUCAACAGGCAGCCAAGUUUGCACAAACUGAGUAUCAUGUCCCACCGAGUCAAGGUGUUGGAACAUCGCACAUUCAGGUUUAAUGAAUGCGCAUGUACGCCGUACAAUGCUGAUUUUGAUGGGGACGAAAUGAAUCUCCAUUUACCUCAGACUGAAGAAGCUCGAGCCGAAGCUUUAAUUUUAAUGGGAAACAAAUCGAAUUUAGUCACUCCUCGAAAUGGUGAAUUGCUUAUUGCUGCCACACAAGAUUUUAUAACUGGAGCAUAUUUGCUAACCAAAAAAAGUGUGUUUUUCACUCACAGAGAAGCUUGCCAAAUAGCAUCUACUUUAAUCGCCGGUGAUGACAUUGACAUGCAAAUUGACCUCCCACCUCCUGCUAUUAUAAAACCUGCAAAAUUAUGGACAGGGAAACAAAUAUUUAGUCUUUUAAUUAAACCAAAUAAAAAAUGUAAAAUUCUUGCAAAUUUAAGAACUAAAGGGAGAGCGUACACCUCAGGGGAAGAAAUGUGCAUAAAUGACUCUUUUGUUAACAUAAGAAACUCUCAGUUACUGGCAGGGAUGAUGGACAAGUCAACGCUUGGCUCUGGAGGCAAAGCGAAUAUUUUCUACGUCCUUCUAAGAGAUUGGGGUGAAGAUGCUGCUACAACUGCGAUGUGGAGGUUAAGCAGGAUGGCAUCUUACUUUCUCAUGAAUAGGGGAUUUUCUAUUGGGAUCGGUGAUGUCACACCAAGCCACGGGCUGCUUAAAUUGAAACAAGAGCUUUUACACGCCGGAUAUACAAAGUGUAACGAGUACAUCGAGAGACAAGCUGCUGGGAAGCUACAGUCUCAACCUGGAUGUUCAGGCGAUGAAACUUUAGAAGCUGUAAUACUUAAAGAACUGUCAGUUAUUCGAGAUCGAGCAGGAAAAGCAUGCCUGAAAGAACUCGAUCCUUCAAACAGUCCAUUAACAAUGGCAUUAAGUGGUUCUAAAGGUUCUUUUAUUAAUAUAUCUCAGAUGAUUGCCUGUGUAGGACAACAGGCUAUAAGUGGAAAAAGAGUGCCUAACGGUUUUGAAGAUAGAGCUUUACCUCAUUUUGAACGCCACUCAAAAAUUCCAGCUGCCAAAGGUUUUGUUGAAAACAGUUUUUAUUCUGGGCUUACUCCAACCGAAUUCUUUUUCCACACUAUGGGUGGCCGAGAAGGUUUAGUUGAUACUGCUGUAAAAACAGCCGAAACUGGAUACAUGCAGAGAAGAUUGGUUAAGUCAUUAGAGGACUUGUGCCUUCAUUAUGACAUGACUGUCAGAAAUUCAAACGGAGAUAUUAUUCAGUUUUUGUACGGAGGCGAUGGAUUGGACCCGACUUAUAUGGAAGGUAACGGGCAACCGGUGGAACUUCAGAGAGUGUGGGAUAACAUCAAAGCUAAUUUUCCGUUUAGAAAUGAACCCCCUUUAAGUGCGACUGAUAUUAUUGAAGGGUCAAAUGUUUUGCUUUCCUCAUCUGAGUUUGACUGUUGUAGCGAAGAAUUUAAAACUCAACUAAGGGAUUUUGUCAAUAAACAAGCCAAACGGAGGGAAGGCGUCAAAGACGAGUGGCACCAAACAUGUCCAAUUUUGUUCCAAUUGGAACGUAUUACAUUAUCUCAGUUGGUACGUUUUUUCCAAGCUUGUAGAGACAAAUAUCUCUCAUCAAAAAUUGAACCAGGUACGGCUGUUGGAGCUUUAGCAGCUCAAAGUAUUGGUGAGCCGGGAACUCAAAUGACCCUAAAGACUUUUCAUUUUGCCGGGGUCGCCUCAAUGAACAUCACACAAGGAGUUCCUAGGAUAAAAGAGAUAAUAAAUGCCAGUAAGGCGAUCAGUACGCCGAUAAUAACAGCGCAUUUAGAAAAUGAUACCGACCCUGAAUUUGCCAGGGUUGUUAAAGGGAGAAUUGAAAAAACAGUAUUAGGGGAAGUGACUGAAUACAUUGAAGAAGUUUAUGUGCCACAUGACUGUUUCAUUUUAAUAAAAAUCGACAUAGAAAGGAUCAGACUGUUGAAGUUGGAAGUGGAUGCUGAAACAAUAAGAUUUAGCAUUUGUUCGUCUAAGCUUAAGUUGAAACCGAAUCAAGUAAUCGUCCAAACACCUGCAGUCAUCACAGUAAACCCUUCAGUCGGAAAAGAAAGCUUAGACCAUACUCUUAGAGCUUUGAAACAUAGCCUUUUGGAUGUUGUGAUCAAGGGUGUUCCAUUGGUGAAUCGAGCUGUGAUUCAUGAAGAAAAUAUAAACGGAGUGACUACAUAUAAACUGCUCGUUGAAGGUGACAAUCUGCGAGAUGUUAUGGGCACAAGAGGAGUUAAAGGGACACAUUGUAAAUCCAACAAUACAUAUCAAGUGUUUGCCACUCUUGGAAUUGAAGCUGCCAGAUCUACAAUAAUGUCAGAGAUUAAACUCGUUAUGGAAAACCAUGGUAUGUCAAUUGACCAUAGGCAUCCGAUGUUGGUUGCCGAUUUAAUGACAAGUAGAGGCGAGGUACUCGGAAUAACAAGGCAUGGCUUGGCUAAAAUGAAAGAAUCUGUUUUAAAUCUUGCCUCUUUUGAAAAAACUGCCGAUCAUUUGUUUGAUGCAGCGUAUUACGGGCAGACUGAUGCAAUUACUGGAGUUUCAGAGUCUAUUAUAAUGGGAAUUCCAAUGAACAUUGGCACUGGCCUGUUCAAACUUCUUCACAAGACUGAAGGUGAAAAAACUUUUGAAAAGAGGCCGUUGCUGUUUGAAGAUCCUGAAUUGCAUAUCAACACGCUGAAGGAUGUUUUAUAAAAAUAUUUUAAUUGUAAAUACAAUAAUUUAUUACUGCAUAUAUUAUUA